AUACGUGUGGCAUUAUCAGACCAUAAGCUUACUUCUGAGUUCUGACUUUUAAUCCCCAACUGAACAACAAGAGCUCUGAGCGACAGCAAUGGCGAUUGGAAGGUUUCAGGCGUCUCUCCCCCCUGCUUUGGAUUCUACGUCUAACCCUCCUUCCAUUUUCGAUGGAACUACCAGGUUGUACAUAUCUUACACAUGCCCAUUUGCGCAGCGUGUUUGGAUUACCAGGAAUUGUAAGGAGCAGGGGCUGCAGGAAGAGAUUAAGUUGGUUCCAAUUGAUUUGCAAGAUAGGCCUGCUUGGUACAAGGAGAAGGUCUAUCCUGCCAAUAAGGUACCAUCAUUGGAACACAAUAAUGAAGUUAGAGGAGAGAGUCUUGAUUUGAUAAAAUAUAUUGAUAGCCACUUUGAAGGGCCGACACUUUUCCCUGAUGAUGCAACAAAGAGAGAGUUUGCAGAAGAGUUAUUGUCCUACACUGACAUAUUCAACAAAACUGUUUUUCCUUCACUCAAGGGAGAUCUAGAUAAUGAAGCUGGUGCUGCUUUUGAUCAUAUAGAAAAAGCACUUUCAAAAUUUGAUGAUGGGCCUUUCUUCCUCGGCCAGUUAAGUCUGGUAGAUAUAGCCUAUGCUCCAUUUAUUGAAAGAUUUCAUCCCUUCCUAUUGGAAGUAAAGAACUAUGAUAUUACAGCAGGAAGGCCUAAACUGGCAGCCUGGAUUGAGGAAAUGAACAACAUUGAAGCUUAUAAUCAAACCCGACGUGAUCCCCAAGAGCUUCUGGAAAGUUACAAGAAACGAUUCUUGGCAAAAGUCUGAAUGUGACAGUGAUUUCUUCAACCCAUUAAUCGAAUAUCAGACUUCAUGUAUCCCUAAAUGCUUCUAGUGCUUCAAUGGAGUGUAGUAGAGCACAAAUAUAGAAUCGAUGUUGUGAAGGACAUAAGCACAUUAAAUAAGGU